AUGGCCGCCCCCGCCGCCCAGUCAUCUAACCUUAGGGGUCGACUACUUGACCUUAACACAAUCUUAUUCCGCUCGUGGGUCAACUCUCGUGCUCCCGAUGUCGACACUGAAGUCCUCAAAACCAUCCGCAUCGCUCGCGCAGUUCCCUGCUGCCAUAAUCCCUCCAGUUGCCCCGUUCCGACCACCGAACCGCACCUUGUCAUUCAUUACGACCAGGUUGGAAUCACCCAUACCUCUGCCGUCGCCAUCUCGUAUACAUGGGGGAGAUUCAGUAGACGAAGAGUUGCAAUCGGGCACCGCUCGCCGUAUAACGGGCCUAGUGACCUAAUAUACCUUGAACUCGGGAUUGAAUGGAACACUGCCGAUCUCCAGAACUGUUUGGUUAGUCUCUCCGAGAGCCACGGGGGCUUCUGGAUGGAUCAGUUGUGCAAGUCCCAGGAACAAGAGGAUGUUGUUAGAACCCUCGCGAGUAUCCCGACCAUCUAUCGGAGCCUUGACGUAGUCGCACUGAUGACCGGUGCAUUCUGUGGAUGUCUUCAGCAGUGGACGGGACAGAUAAUCAACGAGUUUGAGUCUCGGUCCAUGACACACGAGCAGAUCAAUGAGUUGUAUCACGACGUCGUGUUAAAGUUCCAAUGUGUUAAUUCGGCCGGAAUGGACUCGUGGUUCGACCGCCUGUGGACACGGCAGGAGCUUAUAUACAGCCGGCGUAUCACCGUACUCCGCACCUCCCAGACUCAGGCACCCUGCGUGACGAGGGAAGAAGAAGCCGACCAGCUACAAGGCUUUGCACGGAUGAUAUACGAGGAGAAGGUGGAAGCAGGGGGUUCAACAAGGGACGCGUACCAGGAGGUAGCAUUCGCGAGGACGGGGUAUUUGGGGAACGCGAUGAAUUCGAUGACAGCAUACUGUAGGUACGGUAACCCUGACUACAAUACUCAAGUGAACGCGGCCAUAAUGCUCUCACGUUUCAUGCGAGGCGAGACAAUUGAGAACCCACAACGACAAGUCAGGCAGGGAGACAUAAAUGGAAGACUUGCAAGUUUCUUGUACCAGCUGAGCAAGCUAGGGCAAUCAUCACGAAAGGCAACAAAGGCUUGGGAUUACGUCAUCGCCAUAUGGGUCGACUGUCCUCAAUAUAAACCCCCAAACGAGCACGAGAACAUGACCUUGCCUGCCCUCCUCGAGGACGCUAUCAUCCAGUUAGAGCGCAACUUUGGGAUCAGUCCCGCAUCGAACGCACCCGCAGGCUUAUUCGGUAACAGGGAAGGGGGAGGGCUGUGGCGCCCGACAACAUAUCUUCCAGAGUCCAAUCGCGACACGCGAGAUAUUUACGGCGUCCUGACAGAGGGCCAUCACAUCCCUGUCUUUGAAAAUUCAAUCCCACUUAUGUCCUUAGGAGGGAAUAGCUUGUCUUUAUCAUCUCGAGCACGGCCCUACAGCCAGGUGUUCGGAAACGCGAGCACAGCGGACGUUUUCACACGCCUCCGACCCUUGGUCGCGCAAUUGUCGCUCCACAGCCUGACCCAGGCUGCUUAUGCGAUGAUCGGGGACAGAUUUCUCGUUCGAGAACCGAUACCGACAGAAGAUUACCUGGUGGAGGAUAUGUUCCUUGGCUUUCUGCUCGGCCCAUACGUGCCUGAUCGGCCAGCCGGCUUGUGUCAUCCAUCCGAUUGGAGCUUCCCCGAGGUAAAUCACCACGACGUCGUGUACAGACUCGUAACCUCCGCGCUUAACCUUCCUCUCGACGCCUGUAGAAAUGCCCAUCUGGAAGUUAUGCUCUCACUUGAGGACCCGCCAUGCAUCGGCCUAUUCAAGCCGUCCGUGUCAGAGGCCUGCCAGAGGCCCAUUCCUAGCCUCGACGAGCGUGUGCGAACAAGCCAUAUCCAUGGCCAUCAGUACGCGACGUUAUGCACGGUACGUGACCGCAUUACAAGAGGGUGCUCGCUGUUCGAAACCGCGUUUGUAGGGGUCGGGCCGCCAGCCUUGUUGGAAGUAGUGGGCAUCUGGGUCCCGAUCAAGCACACACCUCUUGAUCAGGUACAAGUGCUAGCACAGGUGUUCGGGAGAGACGCCCGGCUUGGUGGAUCGCGUAUUCAAGAAUAUCAGACUGGCGAUGAACUCCUCGAAUAUAUAAGGCACGAGAGUCCGCAGAGUCUUGAGGCUGAAAGGAGGUCCCACGGCAAUCGAGAUGCUGACCAGAAUGGUAUAGAUGGAGAUUUAGAGAGACGGAACCUGGACAACCUAUCAAUAUCGCUCGCUGCAGUUGCCCUCCUAUUCUUGCUACUUGCGGGCGUGCUUGUUGAUUUUUUUGGUAGUCGAACAAUCAUGCAGCCUCAGCUUCUUCAAGAAGUUCCAGCUGAUUCCUGGGAGAUAUGCAUGGUGGGACCGAGCUAUUGGAAAUUGAAGAGGAAAGGAGCUAAGUAA